AUGCAUAUCCUGGCCUCCCUGGGUCUCCUUGCAGCAUUGGCUAUAGGAGUCAUUUCUCAGGAUGCGGCCCCAUUCUGGAUGGAGAGUAUUGCUCACAGUGGAGUAGCAGCUUUCAACCCAGAUAAGAGCUAUGUCGUAUUCCGAAAUGUGAAAGACUACGGCGCGAAAGGCGACGGAGAUUACUACUACACGCAGAUUAUUGGUGACCCCAGAGAUAUGCCAACCAUUAAAGCUACAGCUGGGUUCAUUGCAAACAUCAUUGGAAUGCUAGAUGGGGACCUUUAUGUGAGCGGAAAACUCAAAUAUACCUCGACCAAUGUCUUCUUCCGGCAGUUACGCAACAUUCGCUUCGACACAACUUCUGUCCCUGGUUCUGUGACUGCCGUUCACUGGCCCUCAGCUCAAGCCACGUCAAUUCAAAAUUGCGUCUUCGUCCUCUCUCCAGAUCCGAGCAAACACCACACCGGAAUAUUCAUGGAAGAAGGAAGUGGGGGAUUCCUCAACGACUUGGUCUUCUAUGGUGGUGAAUAUGGUUGUCAGCUGGGCAGCCAGCAGUUUACUAUGCGCAAUCUGACAUUCUUCAACGCACAGACAGCUAUUUUCCAGAUAUGGAACUGGUCAUGGACGUACAAGUCAAUUUACGUGUAUAACUGCCAAAUUGGACUCAACAUGAGUGGACCCGUCGUUGGCUCUGUGGCGAUACUCGAUUCUGGCUUUUACAAUACACCUACGGGAAUCAUCUCCGGGCGCUCGCCAUCAACCCAGGAAAAUCCCGGCGCCGGCUCGCUUGUUUUAGAAAAUGUUGUCUUUCGCAAUGUCGAUACUGCCGUCGUCGCACCACAAGGAACAGUGGUUAACGGGAACCCUUCAGGUUCUAUUGGAAAUUUAUACGCACCAACAGGGCCGAGUGUUUACCAAUCUUUUGAUGAAGCAUACUUUCCAGAGUUGAGAAGCCUUAAAAUGGGCGGCAAGUACUUAGAGAGGUCGAAGCCCCAGUAUGAAAAUGUUGCAUCCAGCAAUUUCUUGACUGCACGGGCAUUUGGUGCAAAAGGAGACGGGGUCACGGAUGACACAGCAGCACUAAAUGCUUUGUUCCUCAACGCUUCGGCUGCAUUCUCUCAUAGUAUUGCAUUUGUUGAUGCUGGUUACUAUUUGGUUACCGACACUGUGCGUAUUCCACCAAACGUUCGCAUCGUUGGGGAAGCACUGGCUGCUGUCAUCAUGGGCUCUGGGGCCAAAUUCGAAAAAAUGAGCGCACCUUAUCCAGUUGUUCAAGUUGGGAGGCCCGGAGAGAAGGGUUACGUCGAAUGGUCGGACAUGAUUGUCUCGACGCAAGGCCCAACCGCCGGAGCUGUGCUCAUCGAGUACAACUUGGAGACACAGACUGGGCCAUGUGCAGCUAUUUACCCGCCGUCCGGAAUGUGGGAUGUUCAUGUGCGAGUUGGCGGUUUUGCUGGGUCCCAGUUGCAGGUAUCACAAUGCGGCAAAACUCCCCAGCUAGCAAAUUAUGUCAACCCAGCUUGCGUGGCAGCAUACCUGAGUAUGCAUAUCACCCCUUUCGCAACCAACCUAUACCUUGAAAAUAAUUGGUUCUGGGUUGCCGAUCACGAUAUUGAAGACCCUCAAGGUGCCCAGAUUUCAGUUUUCGGUGGUCGCGGCCUGUUGAUCGAAUCACAGAAGGGUCAUAUUUGGCUUGUCGGUACAGCCGCUGAACAUCAUGUCAAGUACCAAUACCAAUUGGUCAAAACACACGAUAUUUGGAUGGGGUUGAUACAGACUGAAGCACCAUACUUUCAACCCAACCCAACUGCACCAGCACCAUUCGAUUUGGUUGACUCGAAUCUUCACGACCCCGAUUUUGUCUCUGACUGUGCAGCUGAAAGCAGUGCUACUGCACAAUUGCCCGGAAGCCCACCAUGUGCCAUGGCGUGGGGCUUGCGGAUUGUCGAUUCUCAAAACAUCAGUAUCUAUGGGGCUGGCCUUUACUCAUUCUUUAACAACUACGACACCUCGUGUAGUGCUCCAGGAAAUGGAGAGCACUGCCAAGCGCGCAUGGUAUAUGUUGGCGUGUCCGAAAAUAGAACCAACGGUAUUGCAACGAAAAAACAGGCCAAGUUCGAUUCAGGGAGUGCUAGUACAGGAAAUGUCGAUGGCGCUGUUGUGCUGCUGAACGACACAUCUGAUUCAGCUACUUGGAAUAUGGCAGGUAUCGAGAUAUACAACCUCAACACACUCGGCACAGUCAGCAUGAUAAACCGCCAAGGUGCAGAUGUGGCGUUGUACCACGAGAACAUCGCUGGCUACACGUCAUGUGUAGUACUAUUCAAAUUUUGGCAGAACGAGACCUCAAGCGAGGCCAUGCCAGUUUCACACAGAGCCGCAAAUUCAGCAUCUCUACGACUGGCGGUGGUCGCAACCAAUUUCUCUACGAAUUUUGCAUGCAACGAAGACCCGAACCAGCUCUGUAGUGAGAAAAAGUCACAUAAGCUGCCAUAUCGGGUACUGCAUGCGCCGAAGCCGGAUGAGGUGGCCCGAAGCAUUCUGCCUGUCUUGGACGGAGUUCCUAGACCUUUUAAGACCAGCGAAGGUAACAACACGAGCAAUGCGACGGUUCACGAACAUGCCAACGUUGCCCGUGACAGUGUGCUGCAAUUGACUACCGACGCGUCCACUUCUGGAAGUUCUGAAAUGGGUACUUCAAUCCUUACGCUCUCACCAACGCUUAGCGCACAUUUUCCUGCUCCUCUACCUUCACAGACAGAUUGCGACUUUGACUACGCCUGGUGA